AUGGACCCAAUGGAGAAAAAGUUGGCUGAAUAUCGGGCCCGCAAAGCCCGAGAGGAGAAAAUCAACGAAAUAAAAGUAAAAACGAAAAACUUUUUCGAUGGUUUUUGGAAGAAACGGCCGAAGACGCCUGAACCAAGCCCUGCUGAGAAAGAGGCUUUGGUGCCCCCCAGCCCCUCUGAAGAGUACCCCGAAGAUGCGUCCAGUGUGUGUAGCGAUGAUGAGAGUAUUGACUGUUUUUCAUAUGUCGAUUUGUUUUAUUAUUUGUUGUGGUUUGGACUUUGGGUCGUUUUGUAUGUGAUAUUCAUUGAGUUUCAGUUCGGAACUGUUUUUCUUAUUGUUUCCGCUAUCGUUUUCAUGUACGUGAACACUAGGACUGGGCCUAGGAAAGUCGGGGAAGUUAGUGCAUACUCGGUGUUCAAUAAGAAUUGCGAAAGCAUUGAUGGGACUUUGAAGGCUGAACAGUUUGAGAGGGAGAUAAGGUACGGACCUGCUGUGGUUCAUUAAGGGCGAAAAAAUAACAAAAACGUGCUGUGAUAUCAUUAAUAUUAAAUUAUUAUUUAUAAAAGCAAGAAUAACCCCUAGUAACUGUCUCUUGUUCAUGUAUCAGACGGGGCCACAUUUUUUAUUACUUAAUUACACAAAUUGUACUAUUAUUUGCAUUUAUUUUAAUAAACGAUAUAAAUAAAUAUGA